AAGAGCAAACGCCUGGAUCACUCACCUGCAACUCUGGCCCAUUGCAGACACACCAGAGGGGAACCCUGAAAACUGCUCCAUCUCAGUGGGAGCCCUGGAGAUUUCCAGCAGACUCAAGGAGCUCACCUCCAUUCCUUCCUGUCUGACUCCCCCUUUCCCAGGUUCCAAGCCCAGCACCCAUCAGCCAUGAUCCAGCUCCGGGUCACCCCUGAGUCAUCGCUGGCCGACACGUCGGUUAGGAUCCACGUCUCCGGCCUAGCGCCCACCCAGCUGGUGACCCUGCAGUUGUCGCUGACGGACGAGAGGGGCGUGAACUUCCAGGCCCGAGCCUUCUACCGAGCAGACGAGGCUGGGGAGGUGGACGUGGAGCAGGCAGCUGCCACGGGGGGCGACUACGUGGGCAUCUGGCCCAUGGGCCUCUUCUGGUUCCUCAAGCCGGAGAAGUUUUUCCACAGGCUGGUGAAACGGGAUGUGAUGAGCCCCUUUUGCUUCCAGCUCGACCUCUUUGACUCCUGCCAUCUCCUUCCCUCAUCCCAGGUGGUGCCCCUGGCCACUUGCACUGUGGAGAGGUGGUAUGUGGGCCCCGGAGUGGAGCGUGUCCCGAUCAAGGAGGGCCGGGUCCGGGGGGCCCUAUUCCUGCCUCCUGGGCCGGGUCCCUUUCCGGGGGUGAUCGACAUGUUUGGCGGGGCCGGCGGGCUCAUUGAGUUCCGAGCCAGCCUGCUCGCCAGCCGGGGCUACGCCGUGCUGGCACUGGCGUUCUUUGGCUAUGAUGACCUGCCGCGGGUGCUGGUGGAGAUGGACCUGGAGUAUUUCGAGGAAGCAGCCAACCUCCUCUUGAAACACCCCAAGGUGAGAGGCCCAGGCCUCGGAGUGAUCGGGGUGUCCAAAGGGGCUGAGGUCACGCUGGCCAUGGCUGCCUUCUUAGAGCAGGUGGUGGCCGCCGUCUGGAUCAAUGGCACAGGAUUCCUGAACGGCACGCCACUGCGUUACAAAGGGGUCCACAUCCCGCACAUCCCCUACUGCCCUGAGCGGCUGCUCAUCACAGAGAUGGGGGUCCUGGACAACUACCACGUCUUCAAGGACCCCCGGGACCCAGCCCACGCAGCUGCUGCCAUCCCUGUGGAGAAGGCCCAAGGGGAGGUGCUCUUCGUGGUGGGAGAAGCUGACCGCAAUUUUAAUAGCAAGCUGUUUGCUGAGAUGGCCAUAGAGAGGAUGAAGAGCCAUGGGAAGAAGAACUAUACCCUGCUCUCCUACCCUGGGGCUGGGCACCUGAUCGAGCCGCCGGGGUCCCCACUGUGCAGCAUCUCGCUGAUCCGGGGGAGCCCCAAACCUGUGCACUGGGGGGGUGAGCCAGAGCCCCAUGCCAGAGCUCAGGAGCAUUCCUGGCAGGAGAUCCUGAAAUUCCUUGACCGCUGUCUUGGACUCACCAGCAAUCUGUAACAGCCAAGGGAGUGGGGGGGGGCGCGGCAGCGGGACCCCCUCCUGCCAGGCUGGGGGAGCUCCUCCCAUCCCCACAGCCUGAUCGACAUAAUAAAUACUGAGAACAUAGAAAGAAUCUGUGGGACGCUUGCAGGAGAGCACUGGAGGGGGAGAGGGGGAGUGCCCACACAAGGAAGCAGGCUGGCCUGCUGCUUAAGGCACUGCCCUGGAUUUGGGAGACCUGGCCAGGGCUCAAGUCUCAGCUCUGCUGCUGACACCGUGGGUGGGUCACUGAAUCUUUCUAGGCCUCUGUUCCCUGUCUGUAAAAUGGGGAUAAUGCUUCUGCCUUGUGUACGUACAC